AAAUGCAUCCCGUUUCACCACAUAUGUGCGCAGCAGGACCAGCUUGACCACCAUCUUCUCCUUCGUACCCCUUACUACAAACAAGCCACUCCAAUGUCGACGGUCAUCUCCUGCACCCUACUGAGCGGCCGGCCGGCUGCACCGUCGAGCUCCGCCGGCAGUCGGGUUCCCCCGACGGGGAAGGCUGCCGCGGUCGCUCUCUCUUGUUUCCAGCGGCAGUCCAGGCCUUCCUCCGUGUGCUUCGCAAGCAACCCAAAAGGGGAGCAGUACGGGCCAAAGACUGAUUUGCCGCCGUUCAGCAUCUCCCCCGUCGCUCUGGUGCACCCCGUGUCGCCGCGGGAGGAGCGGUGGCAGAUGGAGGAGGAGGCCGACGCCGUGAGCAUGUGGUUCGAGGUGCCGGGCCUGUCCAAGGAGGACCUCGUGGUGGAGCUGGACGAGGACGUGCUCAUCAUACGGAGGAGGGCCAAGGACGAGCUGUACAUCGCCGGCCUAGAGAAACGUGAAGCCACAAACACUUACAGGGCCGGCAAGGCGGAGACGGCGGCCGCGACGGCAGAAGUUGGCGCCGGCGCGAGCUACAAGGGGAGCAGCGCCAGCUACAAGGUCGAGGCGAGCAGAAACAGGGCCGACGCGGCCGGGGCGGUGGCGCAGGACGGUGGCAUCUACGCGCGGCUGCUCGUCCCGGCGGGCUACAGCAAGGAGUCCGUCGAGGCGGAGCUCGCCUCCGGCGUCCUGAGGGUCACCAUUGGUAAAGUGAAGGAGUACGCACGCAGGAAGAUCAAUGUCGACAUCCACGUCAAGUAGAAGUACUGCUUGCAUAAUACAUAUGCAUGCAGGGAUACCUCUACGUACGUAUGACGUCCAUUGCAUCGACCAUCGAGGAUAAAUUGUCCCAUGCAUGAAGAACUUCUUCAUGUGUACUUCUGUUCCUACUUAAAUAAGGUCAAUUUAUGCAUGUAUCAUUUUGCUUUUCAGCCAUGCGAGCACUUAAUGAUAAAAGUGAGCAUUUGUUGUGCUCUGCAAAAAUGCAUU